AACCAUCACCACCGCUAUCAACACCUCCACGGCGCAUUUCGACUCAUGCUGAGAAGCAGUUUGAAACUCUCCCUCCUUGCUCGAGUUACAUCUCUAUCCUCCCUACGUGCUCCGAUAUCAUUCUCCUGUUCCUCAUCUAGUCUUCGGCCUUUCUCAACUACCACCCCCACCAUGUCCGGUCUAACACACAUCUUCUCGAAGGACGCUGCCCCUCCUGCGGGCCCAUACUCCCAUGCUGUCAGUGCAAACGGCCAGAUCUUCGUGUCCGGCCAGAUCCCCGCCGACACCGCCGGGAACUUGGUCGAGGGAACUAUCGGUGAGAAAACGGAGCAGAUCUGCAAAAACAUCAAGGCUAUCCUGGACGCUGCCGGGUCUAGCGUUGAUAGAAUUAUCAAGGUCAAUGUUUUCCUCACCAACAUGGCUGAUUUUGCGGAGAUGAAUGCCGCCUAUGAGAAGUUCUUCAUCUCCAAGCCCGCUCGAAGCUGCGUUGCUGUUGCUCAAUUGCCCAAGGGCGUGCCGGUUGAGAUCGAGUGCAUUGCCUUGGCCAAGGUAUGAUACACCAUGUGUCGAGUUCAGGCCAGUUAUCUAGUGGCUAGAUAAAAAAGAAUAUAGAAUUAAAUUUAAGCAACUGGUUACAGUGAUAAGAACCCUACUUUCCU